UCUCUACUAGCAAUUCUCUCAGUAACGCGCCGUCGGCUGUUGGACGUUACGUUUUUAAAUCACGUACAAAUUCCGUUCGCUUUUCCCGGAUAAGCCGAAGAAGAACAAAAGUCCUUUUAUUAAUAUCACCGCGAAACGAAAUGGUUUUUUAAAUAACGCGCCCUUCUUUCCUUGCAACAGCCGAUAAGAUUCGCGGGUGUUGUAACAUGUUGGAGCACGAAAAGUCUUGAAAUACCUGUUGCUUGAAAACUCGACCGUCAGUUUUUUUUGUUGUGUGCUAAAAAUAAUGAAAUAUGUCCGUUGUUAAGUUUCCGUUUGGUUACGUUUGGUGUGCGGCGGUGAUUCUUUUGAUUUUACUUGCCAAGCAAACCAGCUCAGCGGAAUUAGUAAUUCGGAUUCCCGGUAAUUUUGGUCAAGACGGAGUAGUUUACCGACUGGAUUAUUACCCUCCUCAUGGACAUCCUGCUCCGAAUACAACGAUUCAAUCAAAGGACAUCAACGUUAUUAGUUUUUCGCAAGCUUUACCCGGAACUAACUAUUACUUUUGGCUUUACUCAUCAAAUUCGACGCAUAAUACAUUAACAUGGACGGCAAAUUUUACAACAGUUCCCGAUCCACCAUCAAACCUCUCCGUUUUAGUAAAAAACGGUAAAUCAGCUACGAUAUCAUGGAAUCCACCCGUUUACGGAAGUUACUCAAACUUCAAAUUGAAACUGAUCGCACUUUCGAAAACGGAACAUCAAACUGACCAGACCUCGUUGCUAUUUAAGGACAUCGAAUCGUCACCAUAUGUGGUUGAAGAUCUCACUCCGGGGGCCACAUACCAAAUCUAUGCCUUUACGGUUUUCGAAAACAAAGAGAGUGCUGCUUAUACAACUAGAAAUUUUACAACCAAACCAAAUACGCCAGGAAAAUUUAUUGUUUGGUUCAGAAACGAGACCACAUUAUUAGUUUUAUGGCAACCACCAUAUCCUCCGGCAAUUUAUACCCAUUACAGAGCUUCAAUUAAUCCACCGGAUGCUUUAGAGAAUGUGAUUCUAGUUGAAAAAGAGGGUGAACCCCCUGGACCAGCUCAAGCUGCUUUCAAAGGUUUAGUUCCUGGUCGAGCCUACAACAUUUCCGUGCAAACAAUGUCUGAAGAUGAAGUUUCUUUACCAACAACCGCGCAGUAUUUAACCGUACCUCUAAGAGUCUCAAAUAUGACAGUUUUAAAUAACUCGAUUACGUCUUAUUCAUUCGUCGUAAAAUGGGAUCCUCCAAAAGGAAAAUGUGAAUUUGAUAAGUACCAAGUUCAAAUAAGUAAUUCUACAAAAAAAUUUGUUCCUGUUAUGAUUCAAAAGAACGAACCAUUAAUUUACAAAACGAAGGAAGUUUUGUAUCCGGGAAUGACGUAUACUUUUUUGGUUAAAUCUGUAUCCGGAAAAGUUUCUUCGUGGCCGUUAAACACGGAUGUAACGUUAAAGCCACUUCCUGUUACGAAUCUUCGGUCAUCAAUUACGGACUAUGGUCAAUUUAUGAGAUGGGAUCCCAAUCCGGAGAGUUUUCAAGAAGAAUACAUUGUUUCUUAUCAUGAAGUUGAAAGUUCUUUAGCUGAUAGUAGUACUGUUCGAAUAAAUUCAACAAGGAUUAGUUUGGAUACUUUGUUAUUACCUGGAAGAAAUUAUUCAGUUGCUGUGCAAGCAGCGUCAAAAAAAGUUGAAUCAAAUGAAAGUCAUUUAUUUAUUUUAACAAAACCAAGUGCGCCAGUCAUCGAAGUACUUAAACCAGUUGGAGAUGGUUUAAAUAUAAGUUGGAAAUCGGAUGUUGUUUCAUUACAGGAUAAAUACGAAGUACAUUGGAUUAGAAAUGAUACGAAUGAGAAACAUAAUAAAACUACAGUAGACUCACACUUAUUUAUAACAGGACUGUAUCCGGGGGCUGGGUAUAUUGUUAAAGUUUUUGCUGUCUCACAUAAUUUACAAAGUGAACCACAUGAAUAUUUUCAACCAGUUUUUCCGCGUUCACCAAAAAGUAUGGUUAUUGAAAAAACAACGACAAACUCGGUAAUCGUUCAGUGGCAAAAACCUUCGCAUAGUUUGGUGUCGGAGUUUUCAAUAAGAUAUAGAACAAAUUCUGAUGGCACUUGGGUUAAAUUACCGGCUGUAGAAAAUACGGAAGCUGAAGUUACAGAUAUGACUGCAGGAGAAUUAUACACAAUUCAAGUUAAUACUGUUAGCUAUGGUUUGGAAAGUAAUGAUUCUCAACAACUUAAUCACACAGUUCGUAAGUAAUUAUUUUUCGUUGUGCCAGAAUUUCAAGUUCUACCAGA